AUGCCCCGGAGCGAUGACGCACCACAGGAAGACCGGUCUGCUCCGUUGGACCCGCGCGACGCACCGCUGGCCCUUCCUGCAAAUGGGAACAGGGACUUUUACGAGUUCGGUGACGAGGACCCGGGGGACGAAGACCAACUGACAGAAGCUCACCAGAGGGUCAUAGAUGCUGCCAUAGACCACGAAGAGCUCGACCGUGCGCUCACUGGCUUGGACGAGCCUUUCAAUCUGGACAACGUGCCGAUGAGCCUCACCACUGACGAACCGAUGAGCCAGGAUGAUGUGGGUCGUCACACGUUUGAGGCGCACACCGCGGCGGUGGACCGAAAUGAGACAGAGCGGGUGUGGACGAAUAUGAAGCAGCGGCGGAUCAAGCUGUCCGAACUCAAGCGCAUGAGCGAGGGGGUCAACCGUCGGACGAUCAAGGAGGCGGUGUCGCUGCUGAAGACGAGGACGAAGGUGGAGGUGGACGACAACAUGAUCAUCGAGCCGGACGAUCCGCGCCUGCACUGGCGAGGUGGCCCGCACUACCUUGACUUUGUGAUGUACGUACCUCGCACGCAGGGUCUUCCGGUCGCAUUGCCAAAGGCACGUUCGAUGCACAACUAUGUCUUGGUGCUGCAGAUCCAGCAGCAGAACAGCCAGAUGAAAGCGAAGGGCAAGGCCGGUUUUGAUACGGAUGGACGGUGCGCGUACUUUGGCAAGUACGGUCUGGAGAACCUCUGGAUGGUCUUUGCGCCGAACGUGUUCUUUGCGGACAUGUACGAUCCUGGACGUGCUCCGCCUUCGUCUGGCUACAACAUUUACACGCUCUUUGUCGUGCACUGGCUCGCUGAGAUCCACUACCGGGACAUCUCUCUGGCCGACCAUCUCCGAUAUGGGAAAGGGACGGACCUGAAGAAGUGGUCCUUUGACGAUAUCUGCAACAUCUUUUCGGGCCCCGCAAUGAACGUGACCCUCGCUCAGGCAAGGGCGUUGGACGAGUGCAUGCCGCGAGUGUGGAAGCGAUUUGUCCGGGAGAUGCCAGCUGCGUGGAAGGAAGAUAGGUUCUUCACGGAUCACACACCCCUCAUCAUGUCAGUUCGGUAUGGGCAGAACGAGGAGAUUGGCGUGCAGAACUCUCUUGCCAAUGAGCGGGAUAGAUGGGGUGGUGAACGUGACUGGUCUCGGAUUCGAACGGCGAGUUUAGCCAUUGCGACACACAUUGGAGCUCGGGUGGUCAAUGACUGGACACCCAUUGACCCGGACGACAUUCUCGACCAACACGGUGAUGUCUAUGACACUCACGACCGCUACGACAGCGAUGACCCCGUGGACCUGUACACAUAUCCACUUCUGGACCAGGACGGCAAGGAGAAUCCAAUCUACACCUACGAGGGUCGGCGGAUCGCUCGACGGGUGCCCAACGAAGACUACGACCCGAAGCUCAGCUGUGGUGUGCUCUGCGACUUGAUGAGCAUCCACGACAUGUACGACACUGUGGCGAAUGCUCGGCAAGCUGCCCGACGUCGACGGCAGCAGGCUGCAGGCAAUGGCGGAGACGGCAAUGGAUCUGAUGUGGACAACAGCGAAGACGAAGAGUUCCGGGCCCAGUUCAACGAGGACCAAGGUGUUGAAGGCAGCGAUGAUGAUGUCGACGACGAGGAAACACGGCUGGCAAAAGAGCUGGACGCGAUGGAGGCGGAACGUGGAAGUGGCAAGGCAUUCGCUGUGCACUCCUACCCACAGGCUUUGCUCGGCAGAUACGGGAACGUGCAGUCCACGCGCAUGUUCCAGCAGUACAACAGUACCAUCCUCGACAUCGAACGAGAGCUUCGCAGGGGACUCCCGCCCCCACCGGCAGGAUUUUCCAAGGAGUCUCUCACGACUCGAAAGGUCAUGCGUCGGUUCCUUGCCGUGCUUGAGGACGAGGCAGCGGCUGCUGCGGGGGAUGCUGGGUCGUCUCGCAAACGGCCAAGGGUCCCACCUCUGUCUGAACAAGAAGAAGCGGAGCUGGAGUAUGUGCUCGCCCACGGUGGACUGGGCCCGAUCAUCGAGGCAUGGUCGUCACAGAUGUACAACGCGUUCUCACACAGGAUGCGGCCCACCGCUCGCUCCCACGAGGUCUGCACGGGAAUGAUGACCCAGGCCUUCACCGGUGCAUGGGCCCGCUCAAAACCUGCCCAGGCUGUCCUCGCCAACUUGCUCAGCCGUCUCACUGGGCAGCUUCCGCACGAACGCCUGAAGACAUUGCUGAUGGAUGAGAGCGUCGCACGGGACCUACGACUGGAGAACAUGUUCGUGGUCAACUUCGACAACCUUCCACCUGAUAUGCGAACCGGAGAGGUGUUGUAUCGGAACAUCAUCAUCCAGCUCAUCGCACGAACGCUCAGCCCGGACAUCCAGCUGCCCCUGCGAGAGCACCUUGUGGUCUUUGAGCCAAAAGUAUUUCCCGCUGUGUAUCAUUGGACCACCUUCCCGAUAUCGUCCCUGCUGGUGGAGCUCUUCGAGGACUUUAGCCAAUUCCUGCGCGAGCGGAACAUCAUCCCGCCCACGCAAAUUGAGCUGGUGGCCCUUCUGGAGCGAUGCCUUGCGUACGCAUACACUGGCAGUGGCAAGGUCCUCAUGACGUCCCUCAUGGAUCAGCUCCUGAUCUCUCGCGGUCUCUUGUGGGACUCUUUGCCCGUCUUUCACCCGAAGAUAUUUCACUUCGCCUUGGCCGAGUCUGGUGCAGUCCGCAUCAAGGCAGAAUCCUGGCCGUGUCGCGGGGCGGAACGAGAGCCGAUCAUGGCGUCUCUGCGUGCAGUCCAGUUGACUUGGGGAUCGUCUCCUGCGGCGGCUCACAAAGCGUACAUGCAAUUCUACAUCUCGCAAUACCUGCCAGUGCCGGACAAGUAUCUCGCUUUCAAGAGCGACAUGUCGCAGUGCCGCGCCCUGAUGAUGGCCCACAUUGCCCUCAACGUCUUGGUCGAGGACAUUGUCCAGCUGGUGUCCAUCGGUGUACAGCAGUCCGUCAAGGCCGUGUCAGCCUCGCAGCUCAAGGAGAUGCCCGCGAAGGAAGUGUAUCACCACGAACAGCGACUUCAAUCGUUGAAGCAGUGGGUUCGCUCCGAAAACCCGCUGUCUCACGACCACGCAGGGCAGGCUUUCAGGUCGCUCCUUUGUGCCAUCAGCGACUCAACGGGCGACAUGUCUCUCGGAUUGACCAACCCAUCCCAGCAGAUCGACAUAUCCCAGGAAGAGCUGGCGAGAAUCAUCUACAACUGUUGCCGCUCUGAGCGUCCUCGUGGGCUGCACGCACCGUUGAGCCGUGCCGGUUCCGCCCCUGCCGUCCUCCGAUUCACGAUCGAACACAUCGCCCGGUAUGCCGAAAUUGACGACAGCACGGAGGGUGCACUCGACCGGUGGACGAUCAACGUCCUGCACACUGCCAUUCGCCAGCGGCGGAUCAUGUUCGUUCCGUGGAUCAAUGACAUGAGAUCACAAAGGAGCCAGGGGAAAUCCGCGCGAGGCGGGUCAAAGCCCAUCAAGCCACAUUACAAAGCUUGGAUCAAUCUGGACCGCCGGACCGCCGGUGAGGCUCUCGUGCCCAGCCAGGGUGCUGCCAAUCAGCGCACUGUGAAGGACGUGCACGACUCCAUCGCCAACAAGGUGACAAAGCGCGUCAUGAAGCAGAGCGUUCAGGCGGAGUGGAACGCGCUUGACGUACAUCUCAUGCACCUUGGCGACAAGCUCAACUCGAUGGAGCCUCCUGCAGAGUUCAACGUCAGGUCAGUGGGCGGCUUAGGGCUGACAGGGCCCGAACCCGAGGCAGGUUCCCAGAAGUGGGUGACAUACAAGACGUACGAGUGGGUGGGCUUGAACAUCAAGCUCAGCAAUCCCCUCCAUCACCUGGCUCUCAUCAUUGCCAUUGUCUUUUCGAAGCUCGCCCCUCACCUGUUCCUUUACACAAAGGAAAAGCCGUUCACGUGGGGAGACGCACCGGCCCGUGGCAAGGAGGAGAUGACCCGAGUGCUCCGUGACACUGAGUGGCUCUUCAACAAAAGCCGGCGCGGUGUCAAGGACAAGCACCCCUUCAUCACGAUGGUCACCGUCUUCAUCAUCGCGAUCCUGGACAAGCGCAGUCCCCUCAUGGUGGCUUACAGAGCUCGGCCCCCAGGGACUGAAGGCCUCGACCGCUGGUUUGUCGAGAAGCACUCUGAGAAGGGCAUCGCUGCUGUUGCUGUCGUGCUCGGCAAGGGCAUCAUCAACGGAGGCCGGUUCAACGUGAACUGGACUGUCCGUGAGCCGGCGGUGCUCAUCGCCCUGUACAAGGACGUGUGCAAAUUCUUCAAAGCGGGCGAGUAUGGUGCUUUCGAGGCGGUCCGGUGCCUGAUUGGGCCCCGCAUGGCCGUCGAGUUGACGAAGCCAAAAUUCGGGUCCCAGCUGAAAUUACGCCCUGGCGUUCCCGUGCCAUCUUCCCUGCCUCUGUCUCAGCCUUCGAACGCUGCCGCCAGUUCGUCCUCUCGUGCGCCACCCCAUCAACGGUCGAGUAGGCUGCCUGCCCUCGAGGACGACGUGAUCAGCAUCUCGUCGGGUGACGAAGACGAUAUCAUGACGCUCCCCUCUACAUCCCGACGUGUCGCAUCUCUCAAACGUGUUAUGAGCGGCGGCGGCAUUCAUCCAGGCCCUGCACCGCCGCGCAUCAAGCAGCAGUCAGUUCCACCGCCCCCGCUUCGAUCUAUUACGGAGGAUCAUCAGAUGGCUGAUAUUGACUUGACCGAAGACGCUGAUGAGGAUGCCCUGCCACCGCCACCGCUGCCUCGCAAUUUGGUCAAGAAGAAGCCCGUGCGGCGGGACUCUAGGGGCAGCAAGCGUGUAGUACCUGCACCUGCACCACCACCGCCACGCAAUGCUACGCCUGGUCCAUCACGACGACAGAGCCCUCCAGAGUCGCCCUCUCCACCGCCGCCACCCCGCCCACGCAUUCGUCCACCACGUCUCAGUCGUCCUUCACGACCACCGGUCACGCCUGUCCCUCCUGUGGAGGACGUUCAGUUUGGCAUGUCCCGGUUCCCGUCUCCCCGCACUGCACUGCCAGAGAUGCCCAGUUCCACGGAUCGGUUGAAGGCUCGUCUGGAGCGACAUUACGCAGAACAGGCGGCUAAAGAACCUCGACCCAAACCAACAUCUCUGACUUGGGACGAAGCGUCUCUCCUCGCCGUCGUCGAAAGUGUCUCCCUGAACCGGCCCCUCAACCUGAGCCUGCUCGCACGGGCAAGCGUGCUCGUGACGAUGAAGACAAGGGGCAUGGAAUGGUCGCCAGCGGCAGGUCAAACGCAUGCGUAUUCACAGCGGUGA